AUGACGGACCUCGAGCAGGGCUGUGUUCAUGCAAAACUCGAUAUCAAGACCGAGAUCGUCGAGAUUUCGGAUCCCGCUAAGUCCACUUCUUCCUUUCAGAGAUGGACCCUGAGGCUCUGUCGACUAGCAGGGGUAGAGACUCAAGGUAUACAGCGAGUCGCAGUUGAUUCGCGUCAACCUGCUGGUCCAGAUGAUUACACGCGAAUCUUCCUACUCUGGCUGAACUCGUCCCUCACAGCCAACAACAUCAUCGUGGGCCUGUAUGGGCCUUCAUACUACGGCCUAGACCUAGCCACCGCAUCCGUUUGUGGUGUCUUUGGGAGUAUACUGGGAAGUAUCGCGGUGGCCUACAUGAGUACGUGGGGACCACGCAGCGGCCAUCGCACAUUGGUGGUAACGCGAUACUUUCUCGGUUACUACCCAAGCAAGAUCUGCUGCUUUCUCAACAUUCUGACGAUGCUGGGCUACGGCAUGGUCAAUUGCAUUUUGGGCGGUCAGAUCAUCUUCACUAUAUCCAAUGGCCAGACGCCCGUCACCGUCGGCAUUGUCGUCGUCGCCGUCCUGACCUGGUGCAUCGCCACCUUUGGCAUGAACCUUUUCCAUCUCUGGUCCCGUUACGCCUGGAUCCUCUCGCUCUCCGUGCUCUGCAUUAUGAUCGGCUGCGCAGGUCCAGCAUUCGAUUCCACGCAUCACUACUUCGUCUACUUCCCCACCAGCACCCGACCCAUCCGCAUGUUCCUCUCCGCUGCCGCAGGAAUGGGCCUCGCAAUGAUCCUCACCACCAUCCUCGGCAUCGGCAUGGCCACAGCCCUCUACUCCAAUCCCGACUGGAUGGCCGUCUUCGCCGACUCCCCCGGCGGCCUCCUGGCGCUCUCCUUCUCGGGCCUCUGCGGCUUCGGCAGCCUCUGCGCCGCCAUCCUCGUCCUCACCGCCGUCUCGAACAAUAUCCCCGCCACGUACUCGGCCGGCCUGAACCUCCAAAUGCUCGGCAAGUGGGGCCCGCGCAUCCCCCAGCCCCUCCUGACAACCCUCGAGGUGGUCGCGUAUACCGUCUGUGCCGUCGUGGCGCGCGCCUACCUGCGCGACAUCAUGGAGGAUUUCCUCCCGCUUAUGAGCUACUGGAUCGUCGCGUGGUUCGGGAUCGUACUGGAGGAGAUUGUCCUGAGAGCGUACCGCGACAAGGGGGCAUACGAUUGGGAGGCGUGGGACGAUGCGACCAGGUUACCCAAUGGCUGGGCGGCGGGUGGAAGCUUGGUGGCAGGGUGCCUUGGGGCCUUUCUAGGGAUGGAUCAAUCAUUCUUCAGGGGCCCUAUCGCUCAGACACUUCCUGAUGGCUGUGAUCUGGGAAUGUGGCUAGCGUUCAUAUUCGCUGUUAGCGUGUACCCUCUUCUUCGGAUGAUUGAGUUACGAUUCCUGGGACGGUGA